UGUGUGUGUGGGUGUGUUUGAGGGUUCAAUACCAGCGAACCCUAAUCUCCAUCACCCAAAGCACCCCAACCUCGACAGAUCGAUGCAAGCACUCUGUCGGCCGAAGCUUCAAAAACUGCCACAUACACUCCGUGGGUGGCGACAUUUGCUUUCCCUCUCAGAACCAUGUCCACUCUCACGACGCGUAGUGAGGAGUUUCAGCUCACAGCCGAGCUCACACUUCCUCUCGCAACCGAAUUCUGUCGAAAGGCGUCCAUGGAGCUGAAUCCAGGCAGCGUUGGUGCGCGAUGUGUGGGGAUUUGUGGAAGAUGAGAGACACUCCCUCGUCGCGGACUCGGCUUCGAAGUCGAGAGAGCACACGAUGAUUCUGAAAGGGAAAGAUGAGGAAGAGGGAAGGGUAGGCGUAAAGCAAGUGAGAAGGAUUUGUCAACAUCCGAUGAGGCUGUGCCAGUACGUGGAGCGCAGGACGGACCUCGGGGGAUGAGCGCAGGGAGUGUGAGUGCCCCACCACCAUCACCACCACCACGCUUCCAAGCCGACCGCCGCCCUCCAUUCCCGUCCCACACCACUGCCUCCUCCUCCUCCUCAGAGAACUACGGACUGAUCCAUGGCAGCGCGGUUCAGGGUUCGCUUUCGAGUGUUCUAGAUCCUAGCUCAGCUCGACUGGGUUUGCCUAUAUAGUGGUCGACCGGCAAGUUAAUGCGACGUGUUCCUUUUUUCUGGGUGUCUUUUGUUGGCAGACUUCCAUGUUUAUACAAUCCAAGUGCGAGAUUCUGAUCGGUUCGCACUCGUUUUGAGUUCUCUAAGCAAGCCAGGUUGUGUAUAGCCUUUGGUUGUGGUUGCGUUUUGUUGUGAAUCGGGAUUGUGGUGGUUCACACUUACUGACGUUAUUGCGAGCCAGAGGCGCCGGCAUAGUUCUUCAUUUCGCUGAGGGAAUUUCCUAGUCAAGGCUCGGAUUGGUUGUUGAUUUCGAGUGUGAGUAGUGUUCAUCGCGAGCUGGUUAGAGGCUUUGGUGUUUGGAUCUUCAUAGAGCACUCUCCGCGCCGGUUGAUUGCCGGCCGGAUCGGUGGUUGAGAAGGCAGCAUUUGAUAGUCAAUUGACGGAGGCCUGAAAUGGCAGAAACGGAGGUUUACUACAUGGGUGGCCCAGCCCCGCCAUGGUUGGAUACGAACGCAUGGUGCAUCCCCGUGGCAGUUAAAAAGGAGUAUGCUGACAAAAUGCCGAGGAUUGCAAUGCAAAAAGUCGAAUUGAAGGUGAAUAUGUGUUGCGCCAAAUGCGCAGAGAUAGUGGAUGAAAAGAUACGAUAUCUGGGUGGAGUAUUUAAUGUGAAGGUUGAUCAGAAGAAUUCCAAAGUGACCGUCAUAGGAAGACCAGACCCAGAGAAGGUUCUAAGAAGGGCAAGGAAAGUGGACAAGCAUGCAACGUUUUGGCCAGCACCACCACCUCCACCUCCAGCCCCUGUAGUGGUAGUAGUGGAGGAGAAGCCCAAAGAACCGGAAAAGCCCAAGGAGGAGAAAAAGGAAGAGGUAAAGGAAGAAAAGAAAGAGGAAAAGAAGGAGGAAAAGAAGGAAGAAAAGAAGGAGGAGGUGAAGGUGGAAGAGAAGAAGGAGGAGGUGAAGGAGGAGAAGAAACCAGAAGAGGAGAAGGAGGAAAAAAAAGAGGAAGAGAAGAAGCCCGAAGGUGGUGAGGCCAAGGCUGCUGAUGAGAAGCCCAAGGAAGAAGCCAAAAAAGAGGAAGAGAAGAAGCCUGAGGAGAAGCCCAAGGAAGAGCCCGCUCCAGCAGCGGCGCCGGUGCAGUUUCCGCCUCACGAGCAAGCAAGUUUCGAGGGAUUCGUCCCAUUCGAUGGAUACAUGCCGAGCCAAUCUUACCACCCUCUCUACCCCGACUUCAGUCACAUGGGAUACUUUGGCCCACAGAUCCCCUUCCUCAAUCCCAACUACUUCAAGCAUGUCAAGAUUGCCUACUGAGUUGUUCCUCGCGGCGUAGCAUUCUUUUUAUGUUCUCGACGACGACCAGACCUGUCGUCGUCAGGCGUGUAGGACUGAUUAGUGUGUGUGUUGAAAUCCAUGGCUUGUCGUGGUCCUGAGGCUCUAUUGGUGUAUAUUAUUAGAUAACCGUAGUUUGCGUAACAUGUUUAGGGUUCAUUUCGACAGAGUAACAGCUGAGCUUUUUGCACUGCAGGGAGUCGAAAGUCAGCACUCCCAUUUCCGAUUCUGGAAGAGGUUUACGUUAGGUUAUUAUUUCUUGCAGAGAUAGAUAGAAGGAGAGAGAGAUAGGGUGGGAGCUAGUAGUAGGCAAUUACAGCCGCUCUAAGAAUCACGUCCGUGGUUCUUUGUGGGUAUUAGCAGCAGCAGCCUUUGCAGUCAUGGCUCACAGCUUGGCUGUCUUCUAUGAGAUAGCCGUGAGGGUAUAUAAUCAGUUCAGCAGCAGUCGCUCUUUGUUCAUACGAGGCCUGCAUAACUGAAAAGCUCAAAAACUUCUCGUAUCAUUAAAUAGCAUUCUGUAAUCUGUGUUUCAUUCUUCCCA